AUGCGUGGGUGGCACAGAGGCCCCAAUCACCACGUAGUCGCCACCACGCUGGUCAACCUUGGCAGUGUCUACGGAAGGCUUGGCGAACAUGAGACGCAGCGCGACAUCUUGGAGAGGGCGCUGCGCAUCAUGGAGUCGGAGUUCGGAUUCAACAGCCACAAGGUCUCAGCCAGCUUGGUGAACCUCAGUUUGGCCUACGGCGCCCUUGGAGACGUCAAGCGUCAGCGCGACCUGCUGGAGCGAGCGCUGAAGAUCAACGAGCAAGAGUACGGCCGGGACCAUCGGGCCGUUGCAAACACGUUGCUGAACCUGGGCAAUGUCUACGGUUGUCUCGGCGACGUCAAGGCCAAGCGUGACCUCCUCGAGCGCGCGUUGAAGAUCAAGCAGCGCGAGUUUGGAGCUGAGCACGCGGAGGUGGCCAAAGCUUUGGUCAGCCUGGGCAAUGCCUACGGGGACCUGGGCAAUGUAGACCACCAGAAGGAGCUCCUGGAAAAGGCGCUUCGCAUCCAGGAAAGGCACUUCGGUGCCGAUCACUGGGAGCUGCUUAGUUCGCUGACUGGGCUAAGCAUGGUCUACGACCGCAUGAAGGACUUCCACCGAAAGAAGGAACUCUUGGAGAAGUCCGUGGGCAUCAUGGAACGGAGCUUUGGUUAUACCCACUACAACGUGGGCGUGAUCCUGGCAGCUCUGGCCCAAACCUGUGGAGAUCUUGGUGAGUUUCAGCGAAAGAAGACCCUCCUGGAGCGGUCUGUCAAGAUCAUGGAGAUCAAGUUUGGGCAUCAGCACCGCAAUGUUGCAGUCUACCUCGUGGAGAUUGCCCACACUUGCGAGAAGCUUGGCGAUAUGGACGGCAGGGACAGUUUGCUUCGCCGGGCUGGUGAAAUCGAAGAGGCCGAUAGGCUGCGAAACGCUCCGGUACCAACGCUCACGCUCAAAGACCGGCUCAUGGGCAUCUGGGGCAAAGGCCGGAGUUGGCUCUUAGGUUGCCCGACACGCUCGUGCCCAACGCGUGCAGCAACGGGCAGAUGCUCGAGGCGACGCUCGCCGAUUAGCCUUGGUCACGAUACCAAUGACGUUGUUGUUUAA